UUAUUUAGAUUAUGUAACCGUAACAACAGGGCUUACAGGUUGCUCAUUUUUUAAGAGUAACAGACGCACAGAAAUAGGCAAUAAACAAAUAAAGUUACCCGCCGAGUAUUUUCGAUUUUAGUCUAUUUUCUUAUUUCCGAUUCAAAAUAAAUUUACCAUAUAAAACAUGCCGUUUGGUUUGAAACCUAAAUGCACGAUGUGCAAAUCUACAUCCUCUACAAUGUGGCAUAAAAAUGAGGAGGAUGAAGUCGUUUGUAAUUCUUGCUCUGUCAGAUCAUCUACCAUUAGCAAUAACAAAAAUAAUGGAAAUGGUUGUCCGUUUACUCUGAGAAAAAGCACUCGAGCGAAGAGUUCAAAAUUCAAGCAACAAACUCAAUCUAAGAGUAAUAAUCCGAAAGGAAAAGGUCGCCGAAAUAUUUUUAAAAAGUGUUGCUUGAAAGCUCCAACUUCUGUAGCUACCCCCGUGACAGCUGAAGCUAUGUUUUUUAAAGGAACUUAUUUUCAAGUUGGAGACGUUGUCUCUUGUGUGGAUUUUAUUACUAAUAAAGUUUACUAUGCUCAAAUCCGGGGCCUACUACAGGAUCAGUAUUGUGAAAAAAGUGCUGUCAUCACUUGGCUUUUACCAACGACACAUAGUCCCAAAGGCAGAUUUGAUCCUGCAACAUACAUUAUAGGACCGGAAGAAGAUAUUCCUCGAAAACUCGAAUAUUUUGAAUUUGUCUGUCAUGCUCCUUCUGAAUAUUACCAGGCGAAAACGUCUCCCUAUCCUGUUGUACCACUCAAACCAGAAAGCGGAUUUAUUUGGACCAGAUUAGGUCCACGAAUCGUUCCGCUUCCUACAAAAGAAGAAGUGUUUGGAACGAAAUAAUUUUUUGACAAAUCUUUACCAUAUUUGUUUCUGCACAAGGAUUCCUGCAUCGGUAUCUUAGUAAAAUUAAUCGUCAUGUUGUGGUGAUUUACAGGUAGUAGCCUGUGAGAAACUAGAAAAAAAUAUAUAUAUAUAUUGCAGAAGGAGUUAAGGUAUAACUCCUAACCAAUACCAGCAAACCUUUACUGUAUUUUUAUUUUUUUUUAAUUGCGAGUUUAUAAUCCAUUUGAUACUUUGGCGACUGUAAUUGACAUUAGCAGAUAAAUACCAAAAUAUGCUCAUUGCGACAUUAAAAUGUAUGAUUUAGUUCAUUCAAGAUAAAAUAUUUGUUAUUUGAAUGAAAUAGCAUUGAAAAAUAAUGUGUUUUUUUUUUUUUUGACAAAUACUUAUGCUAUCUUGUUUCUUCAUUACAUUAAAAUGUAUGAAUUGAGUUGUUUAAAAUAAUGUUUUUUACAAUUUGUAAAAUAAAGAGCAGUAUAAAGACAAUUGUGUGCAAAAUCAUUUUGAAUGGAUAAUACAUUUGUUGCUUGAAAUAUUUAGGUACUCCGUCUUCCAUCAUUUCAUUACUCAUAAAUAUUACUAUGCAAAAAUCUGUGGCCUAUUUCCAAAUCAGUAUUGUGAUAAAAAAUCGUGUCAUCACUUGGCUUUUACCUACAGUGCAUAGUCCCUGAAGAAAAUUUGAUCUUGCAACAUGCGUCAUCGAAUAUACUCCUUAAAAACUUGAAUAUUUCGAGUUUGUUUGUCAUACACUCUUUGAAUAUUAUCAAACAAAAAUAUUUCCUUAUCCUUUCAUACCUCUCGAAGUCAAUUUAUUUGGUCCCGCUUGGGUUUAUACAUUGUUCAGCCGCUUACAAAAGAAGAAGUGUUUGGAACAAAAUAAAUGUUUUAUGAAUUUCAUGACAGCAUUAAAAUGUAUUAUUUACUUUGUUCAAGAUUAGAAUUUUUUAUUAUUUAAAUAAAACAACAUGCUAAGUUAUAAAAUGUGAGCUAUAUUUUCCGUAAUUUAUAAGUUAUCUUGCUACUUUCAUACAUUAAAAUGCAUUGUUCUGCUUCCAACAAAAGAAAUGUUUGAAACUAAAUUAAUUUUUGAGAAAUUUUAUUUUGUUCACUACUGCAUUAAAAUAUGCUUACUUUACUUAUUUCAAA